UCUGACCGGCGACGAACAGCUGACCCAGUCUUUUUUUCGGAUUUGUCACUGACUGCACUGAAUUGCUCAACGAGCAAAAAGGAAAUAGUUUUCCGAAAACUGCUUCGCCGUUGAUGCGUACCGCGCCUAGGUAUGUGAUUAAAGGUAACGAAGCCAGUGAACCAAAAUUUGAAGGCUGUCCGACUCAAAAUGUAGCAAAUUUUAUGUAUUGUUGCUUUGGGAUGAUAUAAAUGGUAUUUAGUUGGUCGACCAUCGGCGGGUGGACUACUCACUAUAAAUAUUGUGACCAAAGUUUGAUACUGCAUCAUUGUUUCAAUCGACGUUUUGUAGCGACCAGCUCCAGCAGUUCUUUCAAGAUGUUCAAGGUUACCCUUCUGAUUGCCUCUUUGGCCUACGCCAGCGCUGGUUAUGCUGGAUUGGAGCAUUCUUAUGCUGCACCAGUAGCUGCUCACUACUCUUCGGCUCCAUCCGUGAGCUACAGCACUUUCUCGCAUGGCCACUCAUCAUCCCUAGGUCAUGGAUACGCCCACGCCGCUCCAGUUUUGGCCGCUCCAGUCCACACAUACUCCGCCCCUCUGACCAAGCCUUAUUCCCACGGCUACAAUUACGCUCCAGCCUUAUCCUACGGUCACGGUUACGGUUACGCUCCAGCCCUGUCCCAUAACAGCUACGGACAUUCAGCUUACGCCGCUCCUCUGGCCACCAAGACCCUCACCGUAGCCCAGCCUCAGCUGUACCAUCACAACACAUACGCCACCCAUGCUGCUCCAGUUUUGGCCCACCACGGCUACAACCACGGAGCAUCUCAUCUCCUCGGGUACAACAACCAUCAUGGCCAUUACGCUUACUAAAAUGAACGAAAGUCAACUCUCGCAUUAUAGAAUUAAACACCUGUUGAACUGGAUUACACUUUGAAAUUGGAUUUAAGCCAAA